UUGGGCAGAAGGCUGGUGUAAUAGAAACCAGACACAAGUCAGUAUGUGAGGCAUUCGCAGCAGCAAGAGCUCACUUCUGCACAGAGUGGGAAAACAGGAUUUAAAGGAAUUGUAGUCCAAUAAGUUUAGACACUGCUUUGACUCUUGUCAGGCUGGAAGCUAUUAAUAAGAGGGAGAGAGGACAUUAGGAUGGAAGAGGUAUUAUAUGGAUCAGGCUGUGCAGGAGAUAUCUAGGGAGGGCAAAGGAAAACUUCAGAAUGGGACAUGCAUGUGCAGCUUUUUCAGAUUCUAGUUGAAAAGCUUGUAAGAGCAACAUGAGCUGGAGCUUCCUCACUCGCCUCCUGGAAGAGAUUCACAAUCACUCCACAUUUGUGGGGAAAGUGUGGCUGACUGUGCUCAUCAUCUUUCGUAUUGUGCUCACAGCAGUUGGAGGUGAGUCCAUCUACUCAGAUGAGCAGACAAAGUUCACCUGCAACACCAAGCAGCCAGGCUGUGACAACGUGUGCUAUGAUGCCUUUGCUCCCCUCUCACAUGUUCGCUUCUGGGUCUUUCAAAUCAUCAUGAUCUCCACUCCCUCCAUCAUGUACAUGGGUUAUGCCAUCCACAAGAUAGCCCGAACCUCAGAGGAGGAGUGCAAAAAGCAUAAGAGGCUACGCAAGAAGCCACCUCCUCACUCAAGAUGGAGAGAAAGUCAUCAACUAGAGGAUGUUUUAGAAGAGGAGGAAGAUGACGAUGCCGAGCCAAUGAUCUACGAGGCUACGUUGGAGGUGCAGGAGGCAAAGCCUGAACCAGUAAGCAGUACUAACAAAGUCCCACCAAAACAUGACGGCCGCAGAAGAAUUGUGCAAGAAGGCCUGAUGAGAAUCUAUGUUCUUCAACUCAUGUCACGAGCCAUUUUUGAAAUCGCUUUCCUUGCUGGACAGUAUCUCCUCUAUGGCUUUCGUGUUAGUCCCUCAUAUGUGUGCAAUAGGGUACCCUGUCCACACAGAGUGGACUGUUUCAUCUCUAGGCCUACUGAGAAAACAAUCUUCCUCUUGAUCAUGUAUGUGGUAAGCUGUCUUUGUCUAGUGCUGAAUGUGUGUGAGAUGCUUCACCUGGGAAUCGGUACUUUUCGGGACACCUUGCGCAUGAAGAGGAACCGUGGCCGCCGUGCUAUGUCCUACGGCUAUCCAUUCUCUCGCAACAUCCCAGCUUCACCGCCAGGGUACAACCUUGUGAUGAAAACAGACAAGCCUAGCAGGAUCCCCAACAGCCUCAUCACCCACGAGCAGAACAUGGCCAAUGUGGCUCAAGAGCAGCAGUGCACCAGCCCAGAUGAAAACAUCCCUUCUGAUCUUGCAAGUCUGCACCGGCACCUACGGGUUGCACAGGAACAGCUUGAUAUGGCCUUUCAAUCCUAUCAAACCAAAAACAACCAACAAACCUCCAGAACCAGCAGUCCUGUAUCUGGGGGCACCAUGGCAGAGCAAAAUCGGGUCAAUACAGUCCAGGAGAAAGAAGGAGCCAGGCCAAAGUCAGCCACAGAGAAGGCUGCAACCAUUGUAAAAAAUGGAAAGACUUCUGUCUGGAUCUAGUGAUUAAUCUAUUUUAGGUUAUUAACAAUACAAACUUUUAAGUCUCCAGAACUGUGAGGCAGAUGGAGGAAAGAGAUCAAACUUUUGACAACAUAAACUGAGAUUUCAAUCACAUCUGCUAGAGAAGUAAAGUACACUGACGGCCUAGUUUUGGGGAUAAAUGAGAACACAUGAAGAAAUGACCAAAUCUGAUAUAAAUAUUCUCUAUUACUGUAGUCAGUCAUCUUGCACUUGUUAUAGCUGUUGGAUGUAGUUAACAUUUACUCACUUACUUCAGCAUCUCUAAUUUCAGCUGAAAUGUCAAAAGACUGAUUCAAACUAUUUAUCAGAUUUACCAUCAGUAACAUGUAAACUGUUUUAUUUGGAGAAGAGUGUGAUUGUAUUCUCAAUACAAUUUUGAAAAUGCUAAGUAACACAACACCAUUGUAUCAUUUCUAAAAGAUGGCAACUGUUGCUGGAAAGAUGCAUGCUUAAUAUUUGGGAGAAGCAUUGUUUUUGAUGCAGCAUGGAGUACUGACUGUUUCUUGAAACAAGUUAAAUGUGAAAUAUUUUGAUAAAGAUAAUGAAAGAGGGCUGUCUUACCAAAAGCUUUUUCUGGGAAACAUCUGCUCAGUGUGAUGAUUGCGUGCAAAGCCUUCGUCCAUGCCAUUGUUUUCAAGGCCUUUUAGUAUGACAGAAAGCAAUGAGUAAAUAGAAAGUCUGAUUAUUUCCUUAAUUUAAUACUGAUUUUCUGCAAACUGAAGCAGAUUAUGCAUGCUUUACAACUGGGAACAUACAGUAUACAUUUAGCCUGCAGUAGGAAUCCUGUCCUUAGCUAUUCAGUAAACAUUAUGUUUAGGCUUGUUAGAUGAGAUGAAGAUUUUCCUUUUUCUGUCAAUGGAGCAAUUGGUCUCUGAGUAAUAGCUAAUCCUGCCUUCGCUGUUUUAAUACAUCAAAGUGCCUCAAACUUUUGAAGACUGUUCUAGUAUUUCAUUCAUGAGAAAAUAAAAGACUUUAAAAUCUCA